AUGACCGACAAGGAGGUCACGGCCAAGCUUCAUUUCGACACCAAAGCCAAGAUCCGAAUCGCCGCGUACAACAAGCUACUCGCUAAAGGUCGUAUCCGCCUAGCGGCACGGGUCACUGGCACUGGAGAAAACCGCAAACAGCAGGUCUUGUAUCAAUGGGUUAGCGCAGAGGAUGCCGAAAAGUUUAAAGGCCUCGAUGCAUCCGAUCGGAUGGUCCUCGAUCUGGUCGUGAAAGGCGGCCAGAAUGGCGCCACUAAAAAGGAGAUGAAGUUUAGGACAAACAUUCAAAGCAACACCGAGCUCAAGCAGAUUCUUGAGAGGCUUAUUUCGAGAAAUCUUAUCAAAGAGAUCAAGUCGGUCCAAGGUACAAACAAACGCAUCUAUAUCAAAGCUGGAUUGGAACCGUCCACUUUGCACACCGGUGGUCCGUGGUACAACGAUGACCAAGAGUUUGACACUGUGUUUAUCGAGGCCAUCUAUGAGCAAGUUCUCGCUUUUAUCAAGAAGACAAACUACGUCACAGUCGAUCAAGUCACCAGCUACGUCGCGGAAAUCAAGCUUUCCAAUGAGGAAUUGUCCCACAGUGAUAUCAAGUCCCUCAUGAAUACCAUGCUCUACGAUACUGUAAUAGAGCUUUGCGAGGGCAAGGGCGAUGGCCAUGAAUACUUUCGCCAUGUACAACCCACACCAGCUGUCAAUCACCUCGCGUCCAUACCAUGUGGAUCGUGUCCAGUUUUUCAUGAUUGCGUUCCGGGAGGUGUCAUUUCCCCACAAACAUGUGUAUACAUGGGAGACUGGUUGAAAUCCGUCACAGAUUGGUGA